CGGCGCUGGCGGCGGUAACGGCGCCGAGGCACCGGAGCGGGCCCGGCGGCGGGGCUGACAUCACUGGCCGCGAGGGAUGCUGGGAAAUCCCGGGAGACGGCGCUCCAUGGAUCCGUGCCCGGGCAGGCCCAAAGCGCCGUCCUUCCUGUCGGACCUGGGCAAGGCCACGCUGCGCGGCAUCCGCCGCUGCCCUCGCUGCGGCACCUACAACGGCACGCGGGGGCUGAGCUGCAAGAACAAGACGUGCGGCGCCGUGUUCCGGGCGGGCGCGCGGCGCCAGCCGGGCACCGAUGCCGUGCGCCUGCUGGGCGGCGCGCGGGGCCAGCUCUACUCGGUGCGCCAGCGCGACUCGCGCUGCUUCGUGGAGCUGGGCACCUCCGAGACGGCCAUCCAGACCCCCGAGGGCACCCUGCUCACCCAGCUGAGCUCGGGGCGCUGCCACGCGCCCGCCUGCGCCAAGGCGGCGGCCGACAAGCAGUGCCAGCACCUGAAGCUGGCGCUGGGCUGCCAGGCCGAGGCCACGCCGCUGCCGCUCAAGAGCUCGGUGCUGGGCGCCGUGCAGGCGCCCGCCGAGGCCAAGCAGAGCCUGUGGGCGCUGGCCACCGAGCCCACGGGGCCGCUGGUGCAGAGGGUCACCAAGAGCGUGCUGGUGGUCAAGUGCCAGGCCAGCACGAGGCACGGCCUGGGCUACCUGCACGCCAGCUUCGGCCAGCGGCGCUUCUCCUGCGCCUGCCGCCCGCCCGGGCACGGCCGCGCCCAGCGCCGCCAGCAGCACAGGGAGGAGGAGGAGGAGGAGGACGAAGAGGAGGAGGAAGAGGCACCCCCCGCGCGCUGCAUCCACUUCCUGGCCUGCAUCUGUGCCUUCGCCAGCGACGAGAGCCUGGCACGGGAGUUCUCCGAGUUCCUCGCCUCCGACGGCAGCGGUCUGAAGGGGACGGUGACGCCACAGCUGCUGCGGGGCCCUGGCUUGGCACCGCGAGCUCGGGGGGCAGCUGCUGCCAGGGCCAAGAAGAGGAAAAGGGACCCGGGGCCAGCCCCGCAGGUGCCCGGGCCCCUCCUGGCUCCAGACCCGGCUCACCCCGGCCCCAGGAGGAGCAGCCUGAGGAAGCUGCCGCUCGUCUCCUCCUCCCCUUCCUCCUCCUCCUCCUCGCUGAAGAGACACGGCUGUCACCAGGUGCUGGACGAGUCCCAGGUGUCCCUGUCCUUCCAGGAGUGGCUGGGCAGCGUCACCGAGCGCAUCCACCAGACCAUGCACUACCAGUUUGAGGGCCACCCAGAGCCGCUGGUUUUCCACAUCCCCCAGUCCUUCUUCGAGGCUCUGCAGCAGCGCAUCUCCAGCGGCAGCGGCAAGAAGAGGCUCCCCAACUCCACCACGGAAUUCGUGCGCAGGGACGCGCUGCCCCUGGGCACCUUCUCCAAGUACACCUGGCACAUCACCAACGUCCUGCAGGUGAAGCAGAUCUUCGACACGCCCGAGGUGCCGCUGGAGAUCACCCGGAGCUUCGUGCAGAACCGCGACGGCUCCUACGAGCCCUUCCGCAGCCCCCGCGUGGAGGUGGAGCCGCUGCCCGAGGGGCUGGGCCCCCACGAGAAACAGCCCCCGCUGCGGCCCCUGGAGCUGCAGACCUUCCUCAAAGUCGGCCACACGUCCCCCACGCAGAAGGAGCCCACGCCCUUCACCAUCGAGUGGAUCCCCGACAUCCUGCCGCGCUCCCGCCUGGGCGAGCUGCGCCUCAAGUUCCAGUACGGGCACCACGGGGGGCCCCGGCAGCCCCCCGGCCGCGGGGACCCCCCCCCGGAGCCCCCCCUGGCCACCAUCACCUUCCCCUGAGCCCCCCGGAGCGGGACGGGGGGCACGGCACCCCCAGAAUAAAGAGAUGCCACCCCACA